AAUAAUUAUAAAAAAGAUAAAGCAACAUAGUAAUGAAGCCUGUAGCUAAAUAUAUGUAGCAGAGUUAUCAUACCUCGUUGUUAAAAAUAUUGAGUAUUUAUAGUCGAAUGAAUACACGCAGGCAAUAGACAUCUUGAACGUGAGAAGCAAGAAGCAAUAAGCAAGGUGAGUAUUCGCUGGAAGGAGGCAUACAGGUAUAGCCAGAGUAAAGCUGGAGUGGAAGAAAAGAGAGCCCUGGGGCCUGGAGGAGCAAGAAUAUAUAAGAAUAUAAGAAUAUAAGCCAAGGCGUAUACAAGAUAUAACGUGUUGAAGCGAAAAGGGACAAGAGAGAAGAAUACCGGCUUGUAUUGAGCUUGUCCAAAGCAGGUUGGCAGCCAAUCGUUUCGGAAGCAAAGAGAAGAUACUGAUGAUGCUGCUGAGAAUAUACCAAAGAGGAUAAUAAAAUAUAAGAUGAUAAAAGCUGGAGAGAGACGGAGAUUAAUUGCGGAGAGACAGGUGCCGCGAGUCGCCCACGUGGUUUUAAAGAGACUAACAGACUAAGACCGGAGUAGUAGAUGGGAGAAGACAAGCCAACAGCAAACAGUAUAAUGAUGACCAACGGACAACCGCUGGCUUCCUUCUGCUGGACAAACGCAUUCAACAGAUAGUGAUAGUAGACCGUUUUAUGCAUCCACUUGCCAGAGCAUCAAGUGGGAGAACCAUCAGCUCUAAUACCACCAAUAGCUGCACUUUCACAAGGGUAGGGCUGGCUACUCAUUCGGUAGCAAAUGCUGCUAACCCGUCGCAAGGUCAAGAUCAGUCGGCUAAUCCUUUUCAGUCUGCCAAGGGCCGAGCACCGAGUAGUACUUAAUAUUUUUAUUUACUGUGAUUUGUGAAGAAAUUUCGGUUUUUUUUUUUUUUUUUUUUUUUUUUUGAUGGAUCUUAAGAAGAAUAUACUUUUGUAGAUCAUGGAAACUUGUGUACUGAUUCCUAGGGAAUUUUCCCUGGCUCUUGCGACGGAUCACGACAGAAAUUCAUGCUCGGAAAUUUUUAAAACUGAAGCAAGAUCCUUUUCUGCUGAUGUUAGGAUUUCUGUUUGGUCUAAUGUUUUUAUUCCUUCGGAAACUUUGAUCUAUCCGUUUCAAGGGUCUAUUCGGUUUGAUAAAAUUGAUCUUUAUUCGCUGCUUGAUGAUAAUGAUAUUAGACGUGAAUACGGUUGUUACGACGAAGUAUCAUUUUCAAACUACAAUCUCAACAAACGGCAAUGUAAUUGGAUAAGAUUUUUACGAAUUGUACAAAGUUAUAGCGAUCAAGUAAAUCUUAUCGGUACAAAAGUGAAGGGUGAUCCAAUAUUUGAAGUUAUUAAAGACGUCGAACCGGAUUCAGAGCUUGUUGCAUGGUUUUUACCAGCAUCUCAUGAAGACCUCGUCUUCAUAUCGCGUGACUUUUGCUCGCGUUCAGCAAUCUACAGGUGCACCAUCGACUCGAUUCUUGCUGAUUCACCUUUAGAUCUUUCAAAAACAUUACUUUCACAUCAAAAUUCAUCACCUGUUAGAACAUCAUAUUACGAACCAGAUGAAUAUGAAUCAACGUCUGAAGAAUCAUCUUCAUCUACUUUAUCGUUAACAAGUGAUCAUUUGGACUGCAGUAUUGUUACAACGAUAAAAAGAGGAGAACGUAUUCUUCUUCCUUGUGAAGUAUGUGGAAAAUCUUUUGACAGACCGUCUUUACUCAAGCGACAUAUGAGAACACAUACAGGAGAGAAACCCCACAUUUGCAUGGUCUGCAACAAAGGAUUUUCAACCUCAAGUUCCCUAAAUACACACAAACGGAUCCACAGCGGGGAAAAGCCUCACCAGUGCCUAGUAUGUGGAAAAAAGUUCACGGCCUCAUCAAAUCUGUACUACCACCGGAUGACUCAUAUCAAGGUGAAGCUUCAUCUAAGAGUAAUAUCCGUUACUCCUACAUCACAAGAAAAACCGCACAAAUGUUCUCAGUGCUCUAAAUCAUUCCCGACACCUGGGGACCUUAAAAGCCACAUGUAUGUUCACAAUGGACUCUGGCCCUUCAGGUGUCAUAUUUGCAAUAGAGGAUUUAGCAAGCCGACCAAUCUUAAAAAUCACAUGCUUCUACACCUCGGCAGAUGCUCAAAUAAAAAAUUCAUUAAGGCUGAUUUAUGAAUAUGUACUAGAUUUUUAUAUCAAGGACAGUUUUUCAAUCCGAGAUAAAAUUUUAGCCGAUACCA